GAUCUAUUGAUCGCACGCCUAACUUGCAGUGUGGUUUCGUUGAGAUCUCAUUCCUUCGGACUCUGGUUGUUAGAAAGGCAAGUUUCUGGACUAUUUUACUGUCAUGAUAUAUUAAUCUAUUGAGUUGACUAAAAUUUGUAAUAGUGUAUACCUGUUGGUACUUGUUAGUACUACGACUGCCGUGGUUUAUUCAAAACAUAAUUAAAUUAAACACAUAAUACCCAAAAUCACUCCAAAAUAAAAGGUUGUCAAUUAGUUUCGCAUGAUUCAUGCUGUAAUUAAAAUGUCCAGUUAUUUGCUUUCCUGAAGAUGCGGAAAUCUGACAGAACAUCAGUCCUGAUGUAUCGCCGAGUGCAAUCUCAGCCUGGUAUGGUAGCCAGAUAUAGACCACUUGUAGCCAAUGUGAACAGCAGUAAAAAACGCUUUUCUGAUACGUCUUGUGAUACUCGAUUAAACUCAGUGCCACUAAAAGGCAAAAUUUUUUCACGUCAGGUUAGUCAACGUGGCACAGACCAGCCAUCUCAAAAUUUGUCUGUGGCAAAGAAGAGUGGUUCAUCAUCAGUACACACAAAACCCGGGCCUUUCGAUUGGGCACAUUAUCUUAGAGAAAUUGAUGCAGAUCCUGUUCAGUCUUCUCUCUUUUUUCAUGUUCCGUUUGAAGUUCAGGUCCCAUCACCAUCAAUUCUUCCUGGACAAAAUGUAGCCCCUGAGGGAAAUUUCAAGCCUGGUCAGUAUUUAGAGGGUAUUGAUCCUCAUAAUGAAAGCUUAAUUUGUGUUCUCUGCGUUUCUGAAUUGAUAGGACGGCGUGUCAAGCUUCAUUUUGCUAGUUACCCGGAGAAGUAUGACUUCUGGACGACAAUAGACUCUCCUUUUUUGUUUCCUGUUGGAUGGUGUGCACAUAACAACCGUCAACUUCAACCCCCCAAGGAAUAUCUCGAAGAAUCUUAUCAUCCAUUUAAUUGGACAAGCUUUUUGGCUAAACUUGGAGCCAAACCAGUUCCUCGCCAUUCAUUUAAAGUACCAUGGGAUUCUCCUGUUGAUGCAUCUCCACCGCAUAUGUUUGCUGUUGGACUUAAACUUGAGGCUAUAGAUAAACGGAAUCCCUCUUUGGCCUGCGUUGCCACUAUAAAAGACUGUAUCGGUGAUUAUAUAUUGAUUCAUUUUGAUGGUUGGGACUCAGGGUUUGAUCAGUGGGCUCACAUAUCAUCUGAGCUUUUACGUCCUGUUGGGUAUUGCGAGGAUCAUGAACAAGUUUUAUCAAUCCCCAGUGAUUGGAGCAACCGUCGUAAUGGCUUUAGUUGGAAACUUUACCUGAAAGAGACAAAUUCAAAGCCUGUACCUAAAGAAGCAUUUGAUGAGAUAACCAAAUUCGCUAAAUCAUCCCAACAGUUUCUAAUAAACCAACGUCUAGAGGCUGUGGAUAAACGGUGCCCUUCAUUGGUUCGCGUUGCCAAUGUUGUAGAUAACACCCCUCCUGGAUUUCUCACCCUAGGAUAUGAUGGUUGGCCUGAUAAAUACAACAUACGUAUAGAGGUGUCGUCCCUUGAUUUAUUUCCUGUUGGUUAUUGUCAUGCUUCUGGACAUCCUCUACAAGUCCCACCGGGAUAUGAUUCUGAAUUGGAUUUAAAUGGAAAUUUAAUGGAUUCUUAUUCUAAUUCUUCUGCCAGUUCACUCAGCUGUAGUGGGACUGCCAACCCAUUUGGUGGGUGCCCAACUCCCGGUUGCAAAGGCUACGGGCAUAUCAAAGGACCUCGUUAUUUUUCCCAUCAGCGCAUUUCGGGAUGCCCAUAUGCUGAUAGUAAUCUUAAGAAAGAUGCUAUUAGAGCACACGAACGUCUAAGUUCAACUAAUAUAUUAACGUCCAGUUCUCCUUUUUCUGUUGAUUCAGAAAACCCCGAUUCUAGUGCUACAAUGGCCUCGGUUUCUGCUUACAAUCCUCCUAAUCGUAACUCAGGUCAACGUCUUUCUCCGGAUUCUACUGUCAAAAGUGAAUUCUCUUCAAAUAGCACACCCACUGUUGUUACAUCUUAUUCUCUCAUAGCAUGUCCAUAUUUAGAUACCAAAGUUCCAGACUCUGUAUCAGGUAAUUCAGUUACACUGCAAUUUUCUAUUGCGGAUAGCGUUGUCACAACUUCACCUGGUUUUUCACCUGUGAUAAGCAACCUCCAUUCAACCAGUAGCCCAGCUGUUUCUGUCCAGAGUUCACUCCCAAAUGAAUCCCCUCAAUCUAAUGUGUUGCCUUUAAACUUAACACUUGAAAAGUUGCCUGGUUUCUCACCUAAAGAAGUGCCUUUAAGAACUGAAAUUUCAAACUCCUUUUCUCCAGCAAUCGCUAUUGGUGCCGUGCCUCAAUGUGAAAACUCAAAUUUAUCUUCUGAAAUCGCAGCCAAUGUAAUAGUCUUAUCAAAUGAAUCCUCUAUUAAUGUUGCGUCUUCAAGCACAAAAUCAAACAUGAAUUCUAAUGACUCAGUUAGACCACAGAAAUUAAGCAAAUUAGAACCUAACCCGGACAGCGUGUCUCCUUCCAACCUUCUGUCUCAUACUGCUGACCAAUCUGAUGAAUAUACAAAGAAUCUUGGCAUAUCCCCUAUACCUAUUAAACGUAAACGAGGUCGGCCUAGGAAAUACACUUCUGUACAUGUUCUCCAUCCAUCCUUACAACAGUCACGUCCUGUUCAUUUCACUUCCUUGACAUCUCUACCACAAUCAUAUACUACGUCUACUGGACGACACUCAUAUCCAGCUAGUGUAUCAACUCAACAUCAUACUCUUUCAUCUGCUGCAGUUCCGAUUUCUUCGUUGUCGAUUACAUCUACAUUGUCACUUUGUAGCAGUAUGAAUGUAACUACCAGUUCUCACCCACCAACGGAUUGUCAAAGUGAUAGUUACCUCCCCCAUAAUAUGGAAUCUAAUAACCUCAAAAACAUCGAUGUACUUAAGUCUGUCACAUGCAGUUCAGAACCAAGUCCCGCUGACAGUGCUUUAACUAAUGCUUGCAUCAAUACUAACAUGGGUUACAUGGAUGUAGACCGCUUAAGAUCAUCUUCUGGUUAUGAAAUUCCUGGGCAGCACACUUCUACCUUAGCUGCAAUAAAUGAUCCGACUACGGGCUAUCCUAUACAUGCCAGGUUGACUCAAGAAAUCACUCCUGUUGACCUGUGUUCUAAUCGCACUCAGCACCUAACGGUUAUGAAUACCUCAGGUAUGAUCAUCAACGCUAGUAACAGUCUUCCUCCUCAAUCUUUGAUCGAGACAUCAAAUACUGGAUGGUAUCCUGAUGUGACUAACGGGUCAUUCAUGCCUCCUAUAUGUCCUAAUCCUGUCUUAUCUUCUCCAUUCUAUAUUGAUACAGCAAGGUCAUCAUGUCUAUUACCAUCUUUUGAUCUAUCCUCUUCAAGUUAUAUAAAUGCUACCGUCAGUAGCUUGAAUAAUCCCUCGUUGAGGGACUUUGAUUUAAUGGGUCGUUUAUUACCACAGGCAGGGGCGGCUAUCCGUGCAGCCAAAGUUGCUGGCCUUCCUGGACCUCAUUCGUGGAAUCCAAAUGUUGUAGCUAAUUUUAUUUCUACACUGCCAGGAUGCAAGCAAUUCGCUUGUAAAUUCAUUGAAAAUGGACUAACUUCCUGUCAGAAAAUUCAUUUGUCGAUCUGGAAUACACAAAUGGAAUCCUCUUGUUUCGUAAAGACUGACAAAUACAGAGUCUUCUAUUCACUUUAAGUAACAACGAAAGCAUGUUUUGAAUCCGUUUCUCACCCUUCAUGUGCUAAAUAUUUAUCCAACGUUGGUCUGUGUCUAGUUUAACGGUAGGGAGUGGAGAAGUGAAACGCGUUGGUCGCUUUACUGAUACUAGAUGGAAAGGCUCAUUCUAUUUAUGAGACUACGUUCCUUCAUCGACGGGUUUGGCUAUGACAUUCAAUAUGAAUGCCUUACCUCUGCUUAACCCGACAUUUAAUCAUUGGCUUACAAAGAAGUAGGUUGAAGAAACUGGGAAUAGUCAGAUCAAGGUGUGACAUCAAUCCAAUUAAACAGACGGUUGGUGUAAUGGAACCAGUUAUAAAGUCAGAAUACUGAGUAAACUCUAGCUUCACCAAAGGUAUACAAUAAAUAAUAAUUGUUACUCCUGCCAAUUUUAUUACAAGCAGUAGAUGUACAAUUGAAUAAAACCAAUGUUAAAACACUAGUGUUAUGUUAUAGCAAAAUAGAUAUAUUUUUUAGUUUUACGAGACAUUUCACCAGUAAAAUCCACACUUACAUCUUUAGAUCUGCUACUACCUAUUUCUUACAGCAUCAACUUGAUUUGCAGUUACAGACUCGACUACCCAUGUCAUCUUUCCAUUUGUUCGUUGUUUAAUUAAGGUGUCCCACUAUAUAUAACAUCUGAUUGUUUUUAGGUUUUAGAUCUCUAACAGUCUCUCACCCCUGUUUGAGUGCUCAUCUCACUUUGCAUAAGCUAUCGAGAAUGGGAGGAUUUUGCAGCAUUAAAUCACAUUAGCAUCAGCGACCCGUGUACACUACCCUUUUAAGUAUAUCAACCGUUCUUCAUUGGUUGAGGCAUCCGACAGAGCUACUUCUAGUUCCCUUAAAAAAACUGGUAAUCAACAGUGUCCUUCAUUAAUACAUUUAGUUACAUGUUCUGGAAGUCCUGUUAAGCUGCUGGAUUUGACGUGAUUCCAACAUCACAGUCAUCAAAUAGUCUGAGAAUACAGUUGAUAUAUAAUCGAACAAAAAUUUCACUGUGUUAUAGGGGAACGUUUUUUCAUAUAAUUAAGUAUCCAUAUAUUCUGGUACUCUUAGAAUAUUAAAGCCCAUACUUACCAUGUUAUUCUCAUUGCUUUUUUAGGAAAUAGAUGGAGCUGCUUUAUUGUGCCUUGAACAACACGAUCUGAUGCAUGUAUUAGGUAUGAAACUGGGUCCUGCUGUAAAAGUAUCUACUGCUAUUCAAGCUUUACGUAAAAGCCUACUUGCAACGCCAAUUUCAGAACUUGGUCCAGAGCAUGCAAAUGCUGUCGCUGCAGCUGUAUCAUGUUUUACUAACAGUUUGUCGUCACAGGUUGGUAUCGGUUCAUCUGUUACUAGUGAUUCGCAAUCUGUAGUGAACGGUUCCAGUGUAGACACUUCAUCAUCUAAUACCGGGUGAAGCUAUUCCUAUAACACUAGUUCACUGUCGUUCAGUGAUCAAAAUGCACCCUCUCCUACAUUCCUACACUUGUUGUUUGUUGAAAAUUCAUCCUAAACUUGUUUCACAAAGGGAAGAACGAUAAAGAAUUGACCGUUUCAUAUUUUUACUUUGGGCUUUCGGUUUUUUUGCCUUUUCCACUGUUUAUGUAUCGUCUGCCUGUAAAUGGUAGUAGUCCAAUUAUAUCUCAGUCGAUGUGUGUAUGCUUAGUUUCACAAGAACCGUAAUUCAGAAUCAUCUUCCUAGUUGAUAUUAUUAUUAAUAUUAUUAUUAUUGCUAUUGUCAUUAGGGAUUGAAUUUCGCCAUAUUUACAAUAGUGCCUUACAGUAUAAAACCAACUGUGAAAAUCUGCAGUUCGGAUUCUGAAAUAAAUAUAUUUUGUCUAAAAUUUCCCUUGAUAUAUACAUAUAUCAUCUAUUGUUUUGAUAUCAUGACUAAAGAUUGGAUUUCAUUUAAUAUUUUGUAUAAUUAAUAAUCCAACGUUUAACGUUGUACAAUACUUUUCAUGAUCAACUACAUCACUGUUCUUGUUAGUGUUAUUAUGAUAUUACCAUUAAAUUUGCUAAUUGACUUCGUAGAACAAAUCUGGCCUAUUUUUAAAUAACCCCUAGUAGUGUUUUUAUUGACUAUUUAGUGAAUUUAAAAAUUUCUGUAGUUGGAUUUUGUGUACGAAUAUGUAUCUUAGUGACCACUACUUUGAAUGAACGUAUUCUUGCUAAAUUAUGAUUGAAUCUGUGACUUACGACACGUAGUUACGUGCAAGUGAUUGUAAACAAAAUGUAUGUUAUUUCGUACAAUUUUUUAUUGACGUUUUUUCUUAGUCAUGAUUGUUGGCUCUUUGACUUCUGGAUAGAACUCCCCUCUAUUUGCGGCGUUUUUUAGUCACUCACUUUUUUCUAUCCUGAAUAAAAAAUGUUCAAGAUAUUCCAGAGAAUUAACUAGACCCAAAAGUAGAAUGUUGAAAUAUAUUCGUGCAAUUACUCAGGCCAGCGUAUUUAUGCAUUCCUUUUGAUUCUUUUGACAUCUAUGCAGGAAAUAACGAGUGCACACUCUUCAAAAUCUUUGUACCUGAAAUACUUGUUCCUCAUCCUAUUACUAUUAUAACAAUAUCCCUUCCGAACAAGUAGCAAUUUCUUCUCGAUGAUGUUUAUCAAGUUUAUUUACAAAUAUGGAUCUUCUGAACCAUACAAAUGAUGUUUUGAUAAUAAAUGUUCGCUUUGG